UUAUGUAUUCUCUCUCUUAGUAUUGAACAGAGAGAAACAGGAAAGAACCAAAAGAAACACCAAACCGGGAGAGUCAUGGUGUCAACGAGACGAAGUGGAUCUCUUUCUGGUAACAAUAGUAAGAGAUCUUCGUCUUCUGAGGAUAAGCCGCCGUCACCGAAGCGUCAGAAGGUCGAAAAUGGGGGAGCGGCGGAGAAACCGAUGCCGGCGACGGAUAAUUCCAAGGAAAUGUGCGUUCCGGCGGCGGCGGAUCCCGGAGAAUGCGGGACUGGAGAUGCCCCGAUCGCGGGAGAGGGUGUGACUGGCGGGAAGACAGAGGCCACGUCAGCAGUGGCCAUGGCGACACCGGUCGCUGAAGGGUCGACACCGGUUGUGAUGGAGAAGCCGAGGAGUUCAUUCUCUUCUUGGAGUUUAUGUCAUAAAAAUAAUCCAAGUUUUGACGCUGCAAUGCCUUGGUGCAGGCUUUUGUCUCAGUCUGGACAGAAUGCAAAUGUACCUAUUUGCUCGUCAAACUUCUCAAUUGGAUCAAACAGACACUGCGAUUUUCAUUUAAAGGACCAGGUCAUUAGUGCAAUUCUAUGCAGGAUAAAGGAUAUACAGAGCGAAGGCAGUAACGUGGCCAUGCUAGAAAGCACAGGAAGCAAGGGUUCAGUGCAAGUAAAUGGGACAAUUGUGAAGAAGACUACCAGUUGUGUGCUUAAGUCAGGUGAUGAGAUCGUCUUUGGUUCACUGGGGAACCAUGCUUAUAUAUUUCAACACCUCUUGCCUGAGGUUGCAAUUAAAGGUACAGAGGUUCAAAGUAGUGCAGGAAAGUUUUUGCAGCUUGAGAGGAGGACAGGGGAUCCUUCGGCUGUGGCUGGGGCUUCCAUUUUGGCAUCUCUUUCCAGCCUGAGGCAAGAUUUAUCACGUUGGAAAUCUCCACCUCCAACCACCGGUAAACUCCACCAAGGGGCUGAGUUGCCUACUCCUGUUGAUCCUGAUGGUACAGAGGUUGAUCUUGAUCGUGUGGAAGGCAAUUCAGCUGUAAACGGAGAGAAUGAUAAAGCUGCAGACGUUGGAGCAGCUGGCAAGAAUAUUUCUCUUGAAGGCAACCAGGAUGCUGGCAUAGAGGCAGGCAAUGUAAAACUCUCUGGGGUGAAUGAUUUGCUAAGGCCUUUCUUGGGGAUGAUUGCUCCAUCAACUAGUUGUAAUCUGAAAUUGAGCAAAAGUAUCUGUAAACAGGUAUUGGACGAAAGAAACGAGUGGAGAAGGGAUUCGCAGCCAGCAUCAACGGUGGGUAUGUCUCUAAGGUGUGCAGUCUUCAGAGAAGACAUUCGUGCUGGAAUUCUUGAUGGUGCAAACUUACAGGGGUCAUUUGAAAAUUUCCCAUACUAUCUAAGUGAGAAUACAAAAAAUGUGCUGAUUGCAGCUUCAUAUAUACACUUGAAGCACAAAGAACAUGCAAAGUAUACUUCAGAGUUAACUACUGUGAACCCACGGAUCUUGCUUUCUGGUCCUGCAGGGUCUGAAAUCUAUCAGGAGAUGUUGGCAAAGGCACUUGCACAACAUUUUGGGGCUAAAUUGCUAAUAUUUGAUAGUCAUUCACUUUUGGGUGGUUUAUCUUCUAAGGAAGCUGAGCUGCUGAAGGAUGGAUCAAAUGCUGAAAAAUCAUGUGGCUGCCUUAAACAAGGUCCUAUAUCCACUGAUUUGACUAAGAAUGUGAACUUGUCUGUUAGUGAAUCAGAUGUACCUAGCUCUUCAGAUCAACCUUCUUCACAUGGUCCAGAAUCUCAACCAAAGAUGGAGACUGAACCGGUACCAGCUUCUGCCGGGACAUCUAAGAGUCACAUGUUCAAAUUAGGUGACAGGGUAAGAUACAUGGGUUCAGCUUCUGGUGGCAUAUAUCCACCGUCAUCUCCUGCAAGGGGCCCACCUUACGGCUUUCGUGGAAAGGUUGCAUUGCUAUUUGAAGAAAAUCCUUUGUCAAAAAUUGGUGUAAAGUUUGAUAAACCGGUACUUGAUGGUGUUGACCUUGGUGGUUUAUGUGAAGGAGGUCAAGGAUUCUUCUGCAAUGUUACUGAUCUUCGUUUGGAGAACACUGGUGUGGAAGACUUGGAUAAGUUACUCAUCAACACACUGUUUGAGGUGGUGUACAGUGAAAGCCGAAGUUCUCCGUUCAUUUUGUUUAUGAAAGAUGCUGAGAAGUCUGUUGCAGGAAAUUCAGAUUCAUAUUCCACAUUUAAAAACAGAUUGGAAAAGCUACCUGAUAGAGUGAUUGUGAUUGGUUCACACACUCAUUCUGACAAUCGUAAGGAGAAGAUAAAGGAUAUACAGAGCGAAGGCAGUAACGUGGCCAUGCUAGAAAGCACAGGAAGCAAGGGUUCAGUGCAAGUAAAUGGGACAAUUGUGAAGAAGACUACCAGUUGUGUGCUUAAGUCAGGUGAUGAGAUCGUCUUUGGUUCACUGGGGAACCAUGCUUAUAUAUUUCAACACCUCUUGCCUGAGGUUGCAAUUAAAGGUACAGAGGUUCAAAGUAGUGCAGGAAAGUUUUUGCAGCUUGAGAGGAGGACAGGGGAUCCUUCGGCUGUGGCUGGGGCUUCCAUUUUGGCAUCUCUUUCCAGCCUGAGGCAAGAUUUAUCACGUUGGAAAUCUCCACCUCCAACCACCGGUAAACUCCACCAAGGGGCUGAGUUGCCUACUCCUGUUGAUCCUGAUGGUACAGAGGUUGAUCUUGAUCGUGUGGAAGGCAAUUCAGCUGUAAACGGAGAGAAUGAUAAAGCUGCAGACGUUGGAGCAGCUGGCAAGAAUAUUUCUCUUGAAGGCAACCAGGAUGCUGGCAUAGAGGCAGGCAAUGUAAAACUCUCUGGGGUGAAUGAUUUGCUAAGGCCUUUCUUGGGGAUGAUUGCUCCAUCAACUAGUUGUAAUCUGAAAUUGAGCAAAAGUAUCUGUAAACAGGUAUUGGACGAAAGAAACGAGUGGAGAAGGGAUUCGCAGCCAGCAUCAACGGUGGGUAUGUCUCUAAGGUGUGCAGUCUUCAGAGAAGACAUUCGUGCUGGAAUUCUUGAUGGUGCAAACUUACAGGGGUCAUUUGAAAAUUUCCCAUACUAUCUAAGUGAGAAUACAAAAAAUGUGCUGAUUGCAGCUUCAUAUAUACACUUGAAGCACAAAGAACAUGCAAAGUAUACUUCAGAGUUAACUACUGUGAACCCACGGAUCUUGCUUUCUGGUCCUGCAGGGUCUGAAAUCUAUCAGGAGAUGUUGGCAAAGGCACUUGCACAACAUUUUGGGGCUAAAUUGCUAAUAUUUGAUAGUCAUUCACUUUUGGGUGGUUUAUCUUCUAAGGAAGCUGAGCUGCUGAAGGAUGGAUCAAAUGCUGAAAAAUCAUGUGGCUGCCUUAAACAAGGUCCUAUAUCCACUGAUUUGACUAAGAAUGUGAACUUGUCUGUUAGUGAAUCAGAUGUACCUAGCUCUUCAGAUCAACCUUCUUCACAUGGUCCAGAAUCUCAACCAAAGAUGGAGACUGAACCGGUACCAGCUUCUGCCGGGACAUCUAAGAGUCACAUGUUCAAAUUAGGUGACAGGGUAAGAUACAUGGGUUCAGCUUCUGGUGGCAUAUAUCCACCGUCAUCUCCUGCAAGGGGCCCACCUUACGGCUUUCGUGGAAAGGUUGCAUUGCUAUUUGAAGAAAAUCCUUUGUCAAAAAUUGGUGUAAAGUUUGAUAAACCGGUACUUGAUGGUGUUGACCUUGGUGGUUUAUGUGAAGGAGGUCAAGGAUUCUUCUGCAAUGUUACUGAUCUUCGUUUGGAGAACACUGGUGUGGAAGACUUGGAUAAGUUACUCAUCAACACACUGUUUGAGGUGGUUUACAGUGAAAGCCGAAGUUCUCCGUUCAUUUUGUUUAUGAAAGAUGCUGAGAAGUCUGUUGCAGGAAAUUCAGAUUCAUAUUCCACAUUUAAAAACAGAUUGGAAAAGCUACCUGAUAGAGUGAUUGUGAUUGGUUCACACACUCAUUCUGACAAUCGUAAGGAGAAGUCACAUCCUGGUGGCCUACUUUUCACAAAAUUUGGCAGCAAUCAAACUGCUCUGCUUGACUUGGCUUUUCCAGAUAGUUUUGGAAGAUUGCAUGAAGAGGAAGGAAGUCCCAAAGACACAAAACUUCUAACUAAGCUUUUCCCAAAUAAAGUAACCAUUCACAUGCCACAGGAUGAGGCCCUCCUAGUGUCUUGGAAGCAUCAUUUGGACCGUGAUUCCGAAACACUAAAAAUGAAGGGAAACCUCAAUCAUCUGCGCACUGUUCUUAGUCGGAGUGGGAUGGAAUGUGAAGGACUUGAGACCUUGUGCUCAAGGACCAAUCACUCACAAAUGAAAGUUAUGCUGUCAAAUUUACAAUGUGGUAAUACAGUGCAGAAAGGUGGUUGGAUGGGCUUUAAGCCACCAUCUAAUGCGAACCUGAAGCGGAUCCUGAUGCAAGACUUGUGUUAUCGUGUGAGAGGAUGUUGUAACGGAAAUGAAUUUGAGAAAAGGCUUUUAUCUGAUGUAAUUCCGCCUAGUGACAUUGGAGUUACAUUUGAAGAUAUUGGAGCUCUUGAGAAUGUCAAGCAUUGAAGGUUGGUGAUGCGGCCUUUACAAAGGCCGGAAUUAUUCUGCAAGGGGCAAUUGACUAAGCCUUGUAAGGGCAUACUUCUGUUUGGACCUCCCGGAACUGGGAAGACCAUGCUUGCAAAGGCUGUUGCAACUGAAGCUGGUGCAAACUUCAUUAACAUCUCGAUGUCAAGCAUCACAUCAAAGUGGUUUGGUGAGGGUGAGAAGUAUGUGAAAGCAGUUUUCUCUCUAGCAAGUAAAAUUGCUCCUAGUGUCGUAUUUGUUGAUGAGGUUGACAGCAUGUUGGGCCGAAGAGAAAAUCCAGGAGAGCAUGAGGCCAUGCGUAAGAUGAAAAAUGAAUUUAUGGUGAACUGGGAUGGCUUACGGACAAAAGAUACAGAAAGAGUUCUGGUGCUUGCAGCCACGAAUAGGCCUUUUGACCUUGAUGAGGCUGUUAUUAGAAGGCUUCCACGCAGAUUGAUGGUAAAUUUACCAGAUGCUCCAAACAGAGCAAAGAUAUUAAAAGUUAUACUGGCAAAAGAGGAUUUGUCUCCUGAUGUUGAUUUUGAUGCAGUUGCAAGCAUGACAGAUGGGUACUCUGGAAGUGACCUUAAGAAUCUCUGUGUAACUGCUGCUCACCGCCCAAUAAAAGAGAUAUUGGAAAAGGAAAAAAAGGAACGUGCUGCUGCAUUAGCAGAAGGUAAACCUGCUCCAGCUUUGAGUGGGAGUGCUGAUAUACGGCCUCUAAACAUGAACGACUUUAAAUAUGCUCACGAGCGGGUAUGCGCAAGUGUUUCAUCAGAGUCAGUAAACAUGACGGAGCUUUUACAAUGGAAUGAAUUGUAUGGUGAAGGGGGUUCAAGAAGAAAGAAGGCUCUGAGCUAUUUCAUGUGAAGAAGAUGUGUGUACAAAUUGGUUAUUUUCUUUUAAUUAUCAGCUGUGCCCAAGUAAUUUUGCCAGAUUCUUACGGGGGUGCCAUUUUGUGUAACAUGAAGUAUUAUAGCUUUUAAAGUUUCAGUUAAUUAAAAUUAUGAGAGCUUGGAAUGUUUUGUUGUAAAGGAUGUGAUGGUCAGGCCUUCUGAAGUUUUGAUGGCUGCAGCUGCACUACUUUUGUUUACAUGAAGACUGAAGAGCAUGUUCUAUGUAAGUUGUCAAUCAACAUUAACAUUACUCAGAAUUGAGAAAAAAACCCUGUAGAUACAUUUAUUGUAAUUACUUUCUGGUGAUUGUAGUA